CCACGGUCACCAACCGUACAGCCACCGACGCCAUCGCAGACUCCACGGUUGCCUAUUGUGACGGCGCCGUCAUUGUCAAAGUCAUACUGGCCUCUGGCGCCGUCAUCGUCAACCUUCAUCAUCUUUCUUUAAUUGUUCAACAAUGGAGGGUGAGAAUCAAGAUAUUUCAUAUUAGUGGCUUUCAAGCAAGUAUGGGAUUGACAGAUGAAGAAUUUUCAGAGCUAACUGACAUAAUAAAUCUCACAAUUAACCACAAAGAACAUUGAAGAAAUGUCGGAGUUCUACAAAUCAUUCAUAUCUACUAAUGAUUCUGGUAGUGUAGAAGAACAAAUGCCGAUUGUGGAAAAUGGUGAGUCUAGAGAACUACCAUCAUUAUUACUGGAGAAUUUUUCAACUCUAGAAGAGCUCUUUGAUAGGGUACGCAACGUGGCAUUGAAAGAAGAUUAUGUCACAACAAUUAAAAAAUCGAAACCGGCUAUUAUGUUAUUAUUGGUUGCGAUAGAGGUGGGAAAUAUCGAGGCACUAGUGUUCCAUUGAACGAAAGAAAAAAGAUAUCGGGAUCUCGCCUUAUCAAUUGUCCUUUUGAGUUGUGGGGAAAAAAGAAAGGUUUUGAGUGUUGGAAAGUCGAGAUAAAAAAUGCCUCUCAUAAUCAUGAACCGUCAAGUGAUAUGUCUGGACAUCCGUAUUGUCGUCGUUUUUCAAACGAAGAGGUACUAAGUAUAAAACGAAUGACCAUGGCCGGUAUACCUCCUUGAGAGAUCCUUACUUCAUUGCGGCUAAGUAAUCCCAAUUGCAAAGCAAUAGCAAGGACGGUUUAUAAUGCAAAGGCUACCAUCACAAAAGAAGUAUUAGCGGGUCGUACAAUGAUUCAAGCAUUAUUUGAUGAAUUGGGUCAAGGGGACUUCACUUUUGAUAUUAAACGUGAUGGAAAUGGCCGUUUGACUCAUUUGUUCUUUGCACAUCCUUCUUCAAUUGCGUUAACCAAGAGUUAUCCCUAUGUCUUUGUGAUGGAUUGUACUUAUAAGACAAACAAGUAUAAGAUGUCAUUGCUUGAUAUAGUGGGAGUUUCAAGUUUCAAUGGAUCAUUUUAUUCUUGUUUUGCUUUCAUGCAAAAAGAGGAAGAAGGAGACUAUGUGUGGGCAUUGGAAAGAUUCAGUAAAAUUUUGGGUCAUGGCCAACAACCUUCUGUGAUUGUAUCGGAUAGGGAAUUAGCAUUGAUGAAUGCCAUUAAAGUUGUUUUUCCUGGAACUGCAAAUAUUUUAUGUGUGUGGCACAUUGAGAAAAACAUUCUCUCAAAGUGUAAGUCUCAAUUUGAAAGAGGAGAAGAUUGGGAGACUUUUUUAUUGGCUUGGACUAAUUUGAUAGAAUCUCCGGAUGAAAGUUCCUUUGAUGAAGCUUGGCAUCGUCUUGAAGUUGAAUACGAAGAGAAAGAAUAUAUUCUUAAAAACAUCAAGAAUACAUGGCUCCCUUUCAAAGAGAGAUUUGUAUAUGCAUGGACGGAAAAAUAUUUACACUUUGGGAAUCGUGUCGCUUCUAGGGCUGAAGGUGCACAUGGAAUGCUCAAGAAAUAUCUCACCGUUUCCACAGGAAAUUUCCAUGAGGUGAGGGAAAAGAUUUGUCUUGCAAUUGAGAACCAAUACAAUGAGAUCAAAGCAAAGAUUGCUAGUGAAAAGCUUCAAGUGACACAUAAAUUUCGAAUUCCCAUGUUGAAGGAACUUGCUACUCAUGUUUCCAACUUUGCUCUUGGAGAGCUUUUUAAACAAUAUGAGUUGGCGACAUCUUCUAUAUUGGGUCCUUGUAGAGGUCAUGUUUCAAAGACCAUGGGUCUACCGUGUGCACACAUGAUGACUAACAAGAAAGGUGAAAGCUUGCUACUUAGCGAUAUACAUCCGCAAUGGAGAAUUGAUAUAAGGUCAUUCUCCAAUGUGGAUGGUGGGGUGAAUGGAAAUGGAAGCGAAAUUGAACGUUUUCUCAAGAAUUUUCAAGAUAAAUACAAAUGCAUGCCUCUUGUUGAAAGGGAAGAUAGCCUCAAGCAAGUUGCUCAACUUAUUGAUUCUCCAAUUCCAUUGACUCUUGAACCGAGCAUUCAACCUCACAAAGGACGACCAUCGGGUUCCAAGAAAAGAAAGGAAGAUGACUCUACCACCCGUGAUCCUUCAGCUUUCGAGAUUGCAGAAAAAACCCGAAAAUGUAGUGUUUGCCACCACUUUGGACAUAAUAAUCGGACUUGCCCACACAAGUAUGAAAACACUAGGAGGAGUCCUCAUUUUGUCUUGGCUAAUCAACAUGUCAACCUAAAUAUGCUAGAAACACAAUUUGAAUGUGAGAUCAAUACCUCACUGGAACUAUAGCCGUGGUGGAGUUUGUUUUGUGAAUAUGAUGCUAUUUGUUUGUGGAGAACCAAAUGUGCAAAGAAGAUCUCCACUUUUUGGUAGGAACUAGUUAGGAAACUGUUGGAACAUAUAUAUUGUAAUGUCUUCUACAGUUUUUUUGUUGGACUUUAUGAAGAUUGAAUGUUUGGAGAUCUCUACUGGGAUAGAUGAAGGAUAUUUGUAUGAAUUUUUGGAGUAACAUUGUGUGAAUUUCUUGUAUUUUUUGACUUAAUCUAGGAAUGUCAUCUGCAGUUUUAUGG